AAUGCAACACACAAUUUAAGAAAUCUAAGCUAUGUCUAUAUUAACACUUUAUAGAAUGUUGAUUAAGAAUGUUUAAUAUUAUCCAAGCAAAAAUAGAUUCAAAAUAAUGUUAGCCAUAAAAGAAUCGUAUUCAAUUAUUUUCUAUAAACAUUUUCUUAGAUUCCGUGAUAAUAGACAAUUAAACGAUCCUAAAAGAAUUACUUAAGAAAUAAAGAUAGCAUAAAUGGGAUUAAGGAAUUUAGAAAUGUAUAGAAUCAAAAAUAAUGAAAUGAAAGAUGUAUACAAAGUGAAAGAUGAUGGAUUUUAAGACUCUAUGAAUCCAAAAGAUAAAAAUUUUAUAUAUUUUUGA